UCCAGGGAGCGGAGCUCGCUGCAGUACCGGCAGAAGUACAGCUGCGACAGCGGAGCCCGCAUCUCCUUCUCGCCGCGCACCAGUCUCACAGUUGCUAAGACAGAACCUGACAAACCACAACAACAGCCAUCCUCAGUAUCGUGGGAUCAGCAGAAAAGGUCUCCGGAUGCUGGUUGCGUAUCUGGAGGGCAGAGCUUGCAUCAGCAUCCCCCCUGGGCUGCUCCCAGAGCCUGGUGCCUGCUGCUCACCCAUGUGGCUCCAGAGGAAACGCAGGAGAAUGAGAGCAUCCUGCCGUGCUUCCCUGGGAGCUGCUGCUGGCCUUGCCCUUCAGCAUCUCUGAUGGAGCAGAACAUGACACUGGUCAGGAGAAACCGGAGAUGCUUUCUGCCCAGGAUGGACCUCUCUGACUCUGCAGGUUCCGCCGCCCUGCCCAAGCACAUCCUGGACAUCUGGGUCAUCGUCUUGAUCAUCCUGGCCACCAUCCUGGUCAUGACAGCCCUGGUGCUCUGCCCAGCCACUGCUGUCAUCAUCUACCGGGUACGGACUCACCCCACGCGCAACGGCAUCGUGUGAGGCAGAGGUGACAAGGGACACUGUGCCAGGGACCCUGCGGAGCCCGAUGGGGCAAAAUGAGAGCUGGGGAGAGACAGGCAGGAGCAAGGUUGGGCCAGCACCUGGACUCUUGUACGUGGCCCUUGCCAGAUGAACCCACUGCCUCCUACUUACCCACUGAGCUCACGGGGGACCGUGACGGAGAUGGCAGCUGGGACACCAGCGGGGUGAUGUGUGACUUUGUGGAUGUGUCCAGCUAGAAACAACUCGCUCCCUUGAGGCAGGCUGGGCUCACCUUCGCUGGCAACCCCGUCUCCUCCCAGGCAAGCAGCAAGGAGUGGAAAUAUCUGGCAAAGUUACACCUAUUUUGGAGUCCCAGCUGUUGGGGUGGUUGGGGAAAAAAAAGGUCAAAGCAACGUGGAUGUGAUUUCUGGUUGCGCAUUCGGAGUCUUGGCUUGAAGUGUCAGUGACAGAGCUUGUCCUGGCUGCACAGCAGACGUGCAGCUGGCACCGGCUUCUCCUCUAUCAGGUAUCUGCUGAAAUUGUAGGAAAAUUCUAUGGGGCACUUGGUUCCUCUGCGUCUCGUGGGGCAGAGGAGUGUGGGCAGCUCCUGCCAGCCUGCCCGCCCGCCCGUGGGCUGGCUGUGCUCACUGCUCCUGCACAUGGCGAGGGCCCCCAGUGCUUGCCCCACUGGGGGGAUCUGUGCGACCCUCUCCUGGGCAGGCAAAGCAGGAGGAGCAGAGGGGUUUGUGCCCAGGCAAGCAGCAAGGGACCAUGUAACCUCUUACAGUGCUUUUGCUAUGAAAUAAAUGGACUUUAUUCUA